CAAAACCAAGCGUCCCAGCCAAACCAAACCAAGCUACCCAGAAACCACGCGCACGCGGCGCGCGAGCGCAACCAACUGCUGGCCAGCCCGCCCAUCACCGGCCGUGUCUCCGACGCCACUUCCCUCCCCGCCCGGAUCGGGCUCGCCGGCACCGCCCAUGGCGUCCUCCUCUGCGCUGCUCACGGGGGAGCGCCUCGUCGUCUUCCUCUUCGCCGCGCGCGUCGCGCUCGCUGCCCCGGCCCGCCUCGCGGCCCCGCUCGCGCUCCUCGCGGGGGCCGCCCUCGCCGUCGAGCUCGCGGUGGACCGCUCCGCCGCGGCCCCUUCCUCCCCGCUCCGCCGGUUCAGGACAAGGCCAGGUGCUUCAUCAGGCAUUCUUCUUGGCGCAACUACUUUGCCUUGUGUUAUGCUUGCACGGUUAAUCCAGCUUUCGAGGAUCUUACCGACAGAUCCUAAUGGAGCACAAGAAUUUGCAUACCUCGAAAUGCAGUAUUGGGCAGUAUCCAUCAGCUGUGUCAGUGUGCUGGCUUUCUUCCUUUGGCAUCUAUGUCAGUCUGCCAACAAUGAGAUUUCUAAAACUUUGAAAUAUGGUUCAUUGAUGGUAGUUUUAUAUCUAGUGACAUUCUUGCUGUUCUUCCUAGUGAAGACUGAUGGAGGUCUGUUAGCGAUGACCAAAAAUGGGUAUCUGCUCUGCCAUGGCGUGGCUGCUGUGAUCUUGAUCAAGCACAUUCUAGAGAAGUUCCCUUCAUGUUCAUCUUUUGGGGAGGGACUUCUGGUGUCAAGUGGUCUCGUUGUUUACUUCGGUGAUAUUCUGGCUCGUACUCUUUCAAAGAUGGAGUUCUCUGCAUCACCAGGGGCAUUCAUACACACACCUGGAACUCAAAGCGAGAUAGCCACCGUUAUUCAGGGUUUUUUGCUUGGUCUCUUUCUACUUCCCUUGCUGUACAAAAGUUCUCUUCAAGUUUGGGUUUACUGUCGAACAUUGGGCAAGCAACGAACACAAGCAAUUGAGAAACGAGUAGAAAAAAGAGCAGGCUCUGCUGUAUUUUAUGUCUCGUUGUUGUUGGUGUUACUGUUCUUAGUGCCGUCAUGGACGCGGCUUGUUCAAGGUCUUGAAGUCCAUCCGUUUGUUUGGGUUCUUAACUACAUGUUCACCAAUUCAGAUGAACGGCUUCUUUUAUGCGCAUACUGGAUAUUUGUCAUAUGUGUAUCAAUUAGAAGGUUCUACAGUAUAUCAAAGCAAAGCAAAACAGAG